AGGAUGAUUGGAAGGAGUUUGAACAAAAGGAAGAAAUUGAUUAUAGUGGUCUUAGAGUUCAGUCCAUGCAAAUAAGUGAAAAAGAAGAUGAUGAAAGUGAAAAAAGAGAAGAACCUGGUGACAACUGGGAGGAGACUGGUGGUGGUGUAGACAGAUCAUCUGGUCCUUGGAAUAAAUCAGCUCCUGCACCAGCACCUGUCGUUGAACCAAUUGUUACAGAAACCCCAGAACCAGUUCAGACUGGUGGUGUAUACAGGCCGCCUGGUGCCAGGGAGGGCGGCAGGCCACGGAGAGCACAGCAAGGACCACCAGAAAUCUAUAGUGAUACGCAGUUUCCAUCACUGCAGUCCACCGCCAAGCUUGUAGACAGUCGAAACCUAACAUCUUAUUCGCUUUCUUGACUGCAGCUACACAUUGAGCAGAUGUCUUCAUCGAGCUGUCCAUGGUGAUGCCUAGAUCGUCCCCUUGAAAGUUCACAGCUAAUUCAGAAUCCACCAGAGCAUGUAUGAGUGGUUUAAAGCCUUUCCAGUAUUCAUUGCCUUGGGUUUAUUUUCUGUUGACAUUCACUUGCCACUGAAUUGCCAAGUUUACAGAGUUAGUUAGCUUACCCUGGCAAUCACCAUCUUCCCCAGUGCUGACAAACCUAAUAACUUUCUAUGGGCAUUGGCUUUUGCCAUCCGAUAUACUGAAGUCUUCAGUUUCAUGUAUAUAAUUCACUCUUCUUCCCAGUGACUAGCAUGGCAUGCUCUUACUAACUUUUACUUAAUCUGACCUUUUCUGUUCUGUUUCUUGUCUCCUAUCUUCUGUACUGAAUUUUCUUUCUAGCUCAGUUAUAGCAUUGAAGUCAUCGAGUUAUAACUGUCUGCUUUAUUUCAAAUAAUUUGCCUACAGAAAACUUAGUUAAAAUGUUGUCAUAAGCUUCCUUUUUUAAUUAAAACAAAUCACUUAUUCUGUAUCUCUUUCAGAGUACGUACAACCAUUAACAAAAUGAUCCAAACCAUAAAAACAGGCUGAUACAAGAGAACAAAUGCAUUGAGAAACAGGUAAAAUGUACAUGAAUCCGAUCUCCUGGAGCUUAACUUCAUUGGUUUCAGUGGAGUUAUUUCCGUCACUUGAGAUCAGUUUCAUUAAAACUUGAUUUGAGCUCUUCUCACUUGAAGUCUAGAUACAACAGCCAGAAUCAAGUGCAAGUGAACAAACCCCAUAGCAAGCUUGUUUUAAAUUUCUGGCUUACUCUGCACUUUGUUUGUGGCAGAGAUGAAGCAGAUGUAUUACUUCGUCUCUGACCAGCAGCCAAAUGGGCUCAGCCACACUUAGUCUAACACACCUAUUUUGGUAUUUAACUGGACAUGGAAAUUAGAUUAAAAUAUUUGAGGUGAAGAUGAGUGCAGCAACACUGGGCAGCAGGCUUAGUCUUUGUGGUUUGUUUCAUCUCUUCACAUUCUCAUCUUGUACUUUAAAGAUCGUACAUCUGUAAAUAAGGUUAAGUCUUUAAGUGCUGACUGCAUUUACCAGUAUUGCUACGUUUAUAAAUACAAAGGAGGUGUCCUAAGGGGAGACUCAAGCCUGUUAGGAUGUAUAGCCUACCACUUAAGAGCUGCACUGUCUCAAUAUCAGAACACUGUAUCAUAUAGAACAGCUGCUUUCCAGUACUAAUAAUGAUACGUGGUUGAGAAGAAUGCACCUUGGAUUUUGCAUCCAAAUAAAUUAUAUCUGUUCUAUUACAGCAGUUACUAGUAUUCUGUCAAAAAAAAUUGUGGCUGCUGGGGGUUUAUAAAGUUGGCAAAUUGGAGCUGAGGUUUUUUGUUAAUUUUGAGGGGGUGAAGGGGAAAUAGAGCAGAUACAGCGAUAUCUGAUAGUUGUUAGAAUGUAGUACUUCAUACCCUCUCCCGCGCAUCUAGAAGACUCAUGUCUGCUGCUACACUCACCAAAGCCCUGUCUUGCCACUGUAAAUCCUUACUGUGUUAUUUACUAACCACCCAGUAACCUUCAGGACUGACUAGUUCUCUGACUGUGCACUGUGUCUGUAAUCUGGGAAUUAGGUAAAAGGCAAACUAGCUUUGCAAAACUGGCACAACAGUGUUUUCUAGAUAAUUGGCUCUGCUAACUUUUUUUCUGCAAUUCAAAGCCCAGCAACAAUCUCUUGCUUUGACCCUUCUUCACCCUAGAGUAUUCCCUUCUUCUUUUGUUCAUCUACAUUAUUACCAUGCCAAGGAUUUCUAGUCAGGUGCCUGAAUUAUUCACGACUUACUUAGAAAGCAGCUCUAUAAGCAAGAACUCCCAAGUCUCAAUCAUGCCGUAUUUCUUCUGUCAGGGCUCUAGCAUCACAAACAUGGCUUCACCUGUUGCAAAAUUGCUUAGCAAGUAAAUGUGGUCUCCUUGAAGAAUUUAAACCUAGACCCUCAAAGGCUACCUGGGAGCCUAACUCCCACAGAAUACAGAAAAAUGAAGGCAGUAGCACUGGUCACGGUACAACACAGUUCAGCUAUGAAAAGAAGUAGGGUUGCAUGACUGGUAACAUGCUAGCUCAAACAAAACUCUUACCUGGACAGCAGGGUCUAGCCUAAAACAUUUUUAUUUUUUUUAAUGAAGAGAUGACUGAGUGAAGAAUAGUAGGAGGACAUCUCUGUAAGUGAAAAAAAUAUGAAACUGAAUUUGCUUUCAACAACAUACCGGAAUGUCUCACCACCAGACUUAACCUGAAGAAAUGAAGAUAAAGCCAUCUGAGUGCUUACUGUAGUGCAAAAGAAAGACCGAUACUGUCUGGCUGGGAAAAUGGUUGGCUGGGAGCCUGCUGAGCACAGCAGAAACUGUUUCAGCAAAGUAGAGUACAAUGUGAACUAUUUCUGAGGAUCCCUGUGUGGCCCCCACAGUUAACACAGGAACCUAAUGGUGCCUGUAUAUUUAUAUAAUUAUAUGUUUAUAGUCAUAAUUUAAGUUCAAAACCUGAACUAUAUAUAUAUUUUUUUGUCAGUAGAUUUUUUACCCUGGUUUACCUAUCAUGGCUUCUGCAUAUGACAACUUCUAACUGUGCGGUGCACACACCUGUUGUUGUCCUUUUGUCCCAUGUUAGAGUAAUGGUAUCAAACUCUGUAAAGCACUUUUGUGAUGUUUCCUGUGAAGAAAGCUGAAGAAAAUAAAUUUAUCUUAACAGCACCAACGGAAUUUA